AUGGGGCCCCCUUCCAGCUCCGGCUUCUACGUGAGCCGCGCGGUAGCCCUGCUGCUGGCCGGGCUGGCGGCCGCGCUCCUGCUGGCGCUGGCCGCGCUCGCCGCCCUGUACGGCCGCUGCGCGCGCGUGCCGCCGUCGGAGCUUCCCCACCGCGCGGGCCUGGACGCCGCGCCUUCCCCGCCCGCCACGCCGGGAGAGCCGCUGCCCCCCGGGCGCACCCGCCCCACUCGGGAGCCGGCGGUGACCGCCACCACGGGCCACGGGCGCCCCCCAGGGCCCUGGGACCAGCUGCGCCUGCCGCCCUGGCUCGUGCCCCUGCACUACGAGCUGGAGCUGUGGCCCCGGCUGCGGCCCCACGAGUCCUGGGCUCCGACAUUGACCUUCACGGGCCGCGUGAACAUCACGGUGCGCUGCACCGCGGCCACCAGGCGGCUGCUGCUGCACAGCCUCUUUCUGGACUGCGAGAGCGCCGAGGUGCGGGGUCCUCUCGCCUCCGACGCCGGAGACGGCACGGUGGGCCGAGUGCCGGUGGACGACGUGUGGUUCGCGUUUGACAUGCAGUAUAUGGUGCUGGAGCUGGGCGGCCCGCUGCAGCCCGGGGGGCGGUAUGAGCUGCAGCUCAGCUUCUCCGGCCUGGUGUACCAGGACCUCAGGGAGGGGCUCUUCUUCAGCGUCUACACAGACCAGGGGGAGCGCAGGGCCCUUUUGGCAUCUCAGAUGGAACCCACGUUUGCCAGAAGUGUGUUUCCUUGUUUUGAUGAGCCAGCUCUAAAGGCAACUUUUAAUGUUACAAUUAUUCAUGAUCCGAGCUAUGUGGCCCUUUCCAACAUGCCAAAGCUGGGUCAGUCUGUGAGGAGAGACAGGAACGGAAGCGCGUGGACCGUCACUACCUUUUCCACGACGCCCCACAUGCCGACUUACUUAGUAGCCUUGGCCAUAUGUGACUAUGCCUAUGUGGACAGAACCGAAAGGGGCAAGGAGAUACGCAUCUGGGCCCGGAAAGACUCCAUCAAGAACGGAAAUGCAGACUUUGCUCUGAACAUCACAGGUCCCAUCUUCUCUUUUCUGGAAGAUUUAUUUAAUAUUAGUUACCCUCUUCCCAAAACAGAUAUAAUUGCCUUGCCUACUUUUGACAACAGCGCAAUGGAAAAUUGGGGACUAUUGAUAUUCGAUGAGUCAUUAUUGUUGAUGCAAGCAAAUGAUCAAGUAACAGACAAAAAGGCUGUGAUCUCCUUCAUUCUCUCCCACGAGAUCGGACAUCAGUGGUUUGGAAAUUUGGUUACCAUGAACUGGUGGAAUGAUGUCUGGCUCAAAGAGGGUUUUGCAUCUUACUUUGAAUUUGGAGUAAUUAACUACUUCAAUCCUAAAUUCUCAAGAAAUGAGAUCUUUUUUUCUAACAUUUUACGUAAUGUCCUCAGUGAAGAUCACGCCCUGGUGUCUAGAGCUGUGUCCUUGAAGGCGGAAAAUUUCACAGAAACCAGUGAAAUAAAUGAGCUCUUUGACUUGUUUACUUACAACAAGGGAGCGUCUUUGGCCCGAAUGCUUUCUAGCUUCCUGAAUGAGAAUUUAUUUAUCAGUGCACUCAAGUCCUAUUUGAAGACAUAUUCUUACUCAAAUGCUGAGCAAGAUGAUCUAUGGAGGCAUUUUCAAAUGGUCAUCGAUGACCAGAAUAAAACCCUUUUGCCAGCCACAGUGAAAAGCAUAAUGGACAGUUGGACCCACCAGAGUGGCUUUCCAGUGGUCACCUUAAAUGUAUCCACUGGCACCAUCAAACAGGAGCCGUUUUAUCUUGGAAAGGUUAAAAACGAGACUCUCCUAACCCACAAUGACACAUGGAUUGUACCUAUUCUUUGGAUAAAAAAUGGAAUUACACAGUCUCUAGUCUGGCUAGAUAAAAGCAGCAAAAUAUUCCCCGAAAUGCAAGUUUUGGCUUCCGAUCAUGACUGGGUGAUUCUAAAUUUGAAUAUGACUGGAUAUUACAGAGUUAACUAUGAUCAAUUAGGUUGGAAGAAGCUAAAUCAACAGCUUGAAAAAGAUCCUAAGGCCAUUCCUGUUAUCCACAGGCUGCAGGUGAUUGACGAUGCCUUUUCCUUGUCUAAAAACAAUUAUAUUGAGAUUGAAACAGCCCUUGAUUUAACCAAGUACCUUGCUGAAGAAGAUGAAAUCAUAGUCUGGUAUGCAGUCUUGGUGAACCUGGUAACCAAGGAUCUUGUUUUUGAUGCGAACAGCUAUGAUAUGUACCCGUUAUUAAAGAAGUAUCUGUUGAAGAGACUUACCUCGAUAUGGAAUGUAUAUUCAACCACCAUCCGUGAAAACGCGGCAGCGUUACAAGAUGACUAUUUAGCCCUAGUAGCCCUGGAAAAACUUUUUGAAACGGCCUGCUGGUUGGGCCUUGAAGACUGUCUUCAGCUGUCAAGAGAACUCUUCAAAAACUGGGCGAACCAGCCAGAGAAUGAAAUACCUUCUCCAAUUAAAAGUGUCAUUUUAUGUUAUGGCAUUGCCUUGGGAAGCGAGGAAGAAUGGGACUUCCUGUUGAAUAUGUACGCUAGUAAAACAAAGGAAGAGGAGAGGAUUCAACUCGCUUAUGCAAUGAGCUGCAGUAAAGACCCAAGGAUACUCAACAGGUACAUGGAGUAUGCCAUUACUGCAUCGCCUUUCGCUUUUAAUGAGACAAAUGUCAUUGAAGUGGUGGCGGCGUCGGAGGUGGGCCGGUAUAUUGCAAAGGACUUUCUAGUCAACAAUUGGCAAGCUGUGAGUGAAAGGUAUGGAAUACAAUCACUGGUUACUCUCAUGAAUAUAAUAGGGAGAACCGUCAGUACAGACUUGCAGAUUACAGAGCUACAGCAGUUUUUCGGCAACAUGUUGGAAGAGCACCAGAGGCUCACAGUCCACGCCAAAUUACAGACAAUAAAGAACAAAAAUCUGGAAAACAAGAUGCGCAGUGCCAGGAUGACGGCAUGGCUACGGAGGAACGUGUGACGGGCGCCCUUCCAGCCUGCGUGGAUGGAUUUCGCUCCCACUUGGGUCUCCCAGGGCUUCGUGAGUCUGCAAACCCACGUGUGUUGUUAUU